GUUCAACUUAGAAAAACACGUAUAAACUCAAUCAGAUGUGAAUGAGCUGUUCGCUGUAAUAAGGGAAUAAUGUCAAGGAGCCUCUUUCAAAUUUGUGUAUUGGCAACAGUUUUAACUGUUGUGCAUACCUGUUAUGAAGAGAUGCACAGACAGAUGGCCAGUUCCUUUCAUUUGUUACAUCAAUUCCACAGUCGCCAGCAGCAGCAGCAGCAGCACCAACAUCGUCCUAGCAGUAACGGUCAGCUCCUGUAUGAGGGGAACCGUGACUUUGCUUUCCGUCUGUACAAGCACAUGGAAACACCAAGGUCCAAGAACCUUUUUUUCUCUCCUCUAAGCAUCUCCACGGCCCUGGCUGCUCUCUCCCUAGGAGCAGAGGGUGAGACCAACCAGCAAAUUUUCACUGGCCUUGGAUUCAGCAAUCCCAAUAUUGCAAAAGAGCAAGUGCACCAAGCAUUCCAGAGCCUUCUAGAAGAUCUUAGGUCAAAGACGGCAGUGGAAUUGAAGACAGGCACUGCUUUGUUUCUGAAGGAAACCCUCAAGCCACAUUUGGAGUUUCUUGAGAAUCUGAAGCGUUUCUAUAACUCAGAUGGCCUCACGACCGACUUCUCUAAAACUGCAGAAGCGACAGAAAUGAUUAAUAACUAUGUGAAAGAAAAGACAAAUGGUAAAAUCAACAAAAUGCUGGAAAGUGUGAAUCCGGACACCUUGAUGGUCCUCCUCAGUUACAUAUAUUUCAAAGGUAAAUGGGAAAUUCCAUUUGAUCCAAGGUAUACUAUGCAGGACAUAUUCUGGGUGGACACUUAUACCCCUGUUUUUGUUCAGAUGAUGUUCAACAAGGACCAUUUCAGUGUCUGCCAUGAUUAUACUCUUUCCACGAGCGUGCUUCAGUUACGUUUCACUAACAGUAUCUCUAUGAUGCUGGCUCUUCCCCAAAAUAAUCUGCAGGAGAUGGAAGCAAAGAUUAGUCCAAAUGAUGUGUCAAAAUGGCAGCAGUGCAUGAGAAAAAGUGAGUACAGCAUCUAUGUUCCUAAACUGUCCAUUAAAACAUCAUACGCUCUGAAAGAUGUUUUGAGCACAUUGGGAAUGAGCAAGAUGUUCCGUCCAGAUGCAGACUUUAGGGGAAUCUCAGAGGAUCAGAUUUUUGUUUCUGAGGUUGUGCACCAAGCAACAUUGGACGUGGACGAAACAGGAGCGACUGCAGCAGCAGCAACAGCAGUGAUUGGUCUGGGCUCCGCCUACCAGCCAAGCACUGUACUGAAAUUUGACCGUCCAUUCAUGGUCUUCAUCGUUAGUGAUGACAAUAACAGUAUUCUCUUCAUGGGAAAAAUACAAAAUCCAGCUGAAAAAUGAAAUGAUACAUUCUUUUACGGCUGUUUUCUCGAGGGGACGGAACGGAGAGCUCAGUGUAAAGCCAUCACUUAACCCUUUAAAGUUUUGAGAUACACAGUGAUUGCAGAAAACAAAGUGGAUAUGUUAAAUGGUAUUUCAAAGUUGUUUAAGACAUGUAUUUCUUGUUUUGUUAAGUAAACCAAUUUUAGCAUAAUUUAGUAAAGCCAUUAUCAGCAAGUUUCCAUAUUCUUGUACUCAAGCAGAAAAACAAAAGUUCAUUAGUAUAUUCCUUUAACCUCUGCAGAAUACUGAAUUUGUAUGUGAGCUGUCCGCAACAAUAAAAAUUAAACAGAGAGACUGGCAAA